UCUCCAGCAUGAUGGAGCUCUAUCUCGACCUGAUCUCGUCACCCUGUCGCGCCGUCUUCCUGUUUGCCAAAGCGCUCGGGAUUCCCUUUGAGUUCAAGUAUGUCGACCUGAUUGCAGGGCAGCAGUACAGCAGUGAGUUUGGGAAACUCAACAUCGUGGCGAAGAUUCCUGUCAUGAAGGAUGGAGGCUUCACCCUGUCAGAGAGUGCUGCAAUCCUGAAGUACCUUGUGCAGAAAUACUCAGGGUCAGUGGCAGAUCACUGGUUUCCUGCCGGCCUGCAGCAGCGAGCUCGUGCCAAUGAAUACUUGUCCUGGCAGCAUGCAAACCUCAGAGCUCACUGUCAAAAGGUCUUCCUGCUCAGGGUUCGUUUUCCGGUCAUCAUGGGUUUUGAAGUCCCGGAGGAGACGAUGGAUGCUGCUCUUGAAAAUAUGAAGCAGUCGCUCAACCUGUUGGAGGAGAAAUUCCUCCAGAACAAACAGUUAAUCCUCGGGGACAAAAUCUCUGUGGCAGAUGUGGUGGCUGUAGUGGAGAUCAUGCAGCCUCCUGGAACUGGUGUAGAUGGGUUCGAAGGCCGUCCGAAGCUGAUCGCUUGGAGAGGGCGAGUGAAGGAGGAGCUCGGUGAGGAGCUGUUUGACGACGCUCACAAAGCGCUCAUGCAGUUGAGCGGCUUGCCACAGAAGCUGAAGAGCAGCAGCGAGUUUGAGAAGUUCAAACUGAGAUUUCAGAGGUUCUUCAACUGAGGAGGUUUAUGUGUACAAACAGACACAAUAAAUCAUGAUU